GGGGAGAGAGCUUCAGUAUAAAAGGACAGGGCACGCUCUCGAGCUCAUCUAGAGAGCUCGGACGACGUACUUGUAGCUGCUUGGCGCGUACAAGCUAGUGCUGCAGUGCUGGCUAUACAUACUGCUAGUUCAUGCCCUUGUGUUUGCGUACGUACGUAAACACCAGGCGCGCGGCCGGUCUCAGGCCCGCAGGACAGCGCACAGUACUCCUCCGAUCCUCGUGUGUGAUUAAUUCCACAGAGCAGUACGUCGUAGAUAGAUAUCUUGAUACUGUGAGUGUGGGGUACGUACGGUAUGGCGCCAGCCCAGCAUCAAGCAGCAGCUGACAGAGGCAGCAGGGAAGAGAUCGUCAUCGUGGACCUCGAGAGCGAGGCCGGCGCCGACGACGCGGCGGCGGCGGCGGCGACGAUGCAGCGGCAGGACUCGCUGUACGCGGCCGCAACAAGAGCCGCCGGCGCCAACCACCACGGACAGGACAGCUGGGCCAGGACGCUGCGGCUGGCGUUCCAGUGCGUGGGGAUCCUGUACGGCGACAUUGGCACGUCGCCGCUGUUCGUGUACUCGAGCACGUUCCGGGACGGCGUCGGCCACCCGGACGACCUGCUCGGCGCGCUCUCCCUCAUCAUCUACAGCUUCCUGCUCUUCACCGUCAUCAAGUACGUCUACAUCGCCCUGCGAGCCAACGACGACGGUGACGGUGGCACUUUCGCCCUCUACACUCUCAUCUCGCGCCACGCCAAGGUGAGCCUGAUCCCGAACCAGCAGGUGGAGGAGGACGACCUCGUCGCCAAGUACAACCGCGACAAGCCGCCGGCGACGCUCCGGCGAGCGGAAUGGAUGAAGGAGCUGCUCGAGACGAACAAGGCCGUCAAGGUCUCGCUCUUCCUCAUCACCAUGCUCGCCACCGCCAUGGUCAUCAGCGACGCUAUCCUCACCCCUGCAAUCUCAGACGAGAUAGUCUGGAUCACCGUGGGGAUUCUGGUGGCGCUGUUCGCGAUCCAGAGGUUCGGGACGGACAAGGUCGGCUACCUGUUCGCGCCGAUCAUCCUGCUCUGGCUGCUCCUGAUCGCGGCCGUCGGCUUCUACAACCUGGUGAAGUACGACACCGGCGCUCUCAGGGCGUUCAACAUGAAGUACAUCAUCGACUACUUCAGACGGAACAAGAAGAAAGGGUGGGCCUCCCUUGGAGGCAUACUCCUUUGCUUCACAGGCACAGAAGCCCUUUUUGCUGAUCUAGGCUACUUCAGCAUCAGGUCGAUCCAGCUGAGCUUUGGCUUCGGUUUAGUCCCCUCAGUGCUGCUCGCUUACAUCGGGCAAGCAGCGUACUUGAGAGUGCACCCGGAGGAUGUGGCCAACACUUUCUACAGAUCCACUCCAAUCUCCUUGUUCUGGCCAACGUUCAUUCUCGCGCUAGCAGCAUCGAUCAUUGGGAGCCAAGCCAUGAUCUCCUGCGCCUUCGCGACAAUCUCGCAUUCCCAGACACUCGGUUGCUUUCCGAGGGUAAAGAUACUGCACACCUCGAGGCAAUACUCGGGCCAACUAUACAUCCCUGAAGUAAACUACCUGCUGUGCUUGGGUGCUUGCCUCGUCACAGUUGGCUUCAGGACAACUGUCAUCAUUGGGGAAGCUCAUGGUAUAUGCGUUGUUCUUGUGAUGAUCGUCACAACCCUGUUGCUGACGAUCGUGAUGCUCCUAGUAUGGAAGAUCAGCGUCUGGUGGAUCGUCGCGUUCUUCCUUGUUUUCAUGUCGUCCGAGUCGAUCUAUCUAUCUGCCAUCCUGUCCCGAUUCGCGCACGGCGCGUACGUGCCCGUGGCAAUGUCGGCGGUCCUGAUGGUGGUGAUGGUCGUGUGGCACUACGUGCACGUGAACAAGUACAGGUUUGAGCUCGAGCACUCUAUCCCCCGCGACAAAGUGAAAGAGCUCCUUGAGCGCAGCGACAUACAGAGGGUGCCAGGGAUCGGCCUCUUCUACACCGAGCUGGUUCAGGGCAUACCCCCGGUGUUCCGUCAUCUCAUCGAGAAGAUCCCUUCCAUCCACUCGGUGCUCAUUUUCGUCUCCAUGAAGCACCUGCCCAUCCCAUCUGUCGACAUGUCGGAGCGCUUUCUCUUUAGACAGGUAGACAGAGAAGAUUACAAGGUGUUCCAGUGCGUGGCACGGUAUGGGUACAGGGACCCCUUCGAGGAGGCCAAGGACUUCGUUGACAAACUUGUAGAGCAUCUCCAGUACUACAUCCGGGAUGUCAACCUCUAUGGCCUGGGCUGCGAGCCGAUGAUGAAGCAGUCCUUCAGCUACUGCAGUUCUCGCGCUGAGAGCUUUGGCAGCCAUGAAAAAACCAAAGUAAAGGCAGUCUACGCUGAGGAGAUGCUCACACCAGCAGAGUCAUUCUCGGAGCACGCGAGGCAAGCUAGUGGAAAGAACAAGCUUUUUACACAAUUUCAGGGAGACAAGAUGAAUAUAGUAGAGAUGAUGAAGAUUCAGCAGGAGCAACAGGCUGUCCUUGAAGAGAUGAGUAAAGGUGUGGUGUACAUAUUUGGAGAGAGCGAGGUGGUGGCAAGACCCCACUCCUCACUCAUUAAGAAGAUAGCUAUCAACUACAUAUACUCUUUUCUUAGAAAGAACUCCAGGAAUGGUGAGAAGAUGCUGUCGAUCCCCCGUCGACAGAUCCUAAAGGUCGGAGUCUCAUAUGAAAUCUAAAAAGUGUGGAUGAAGAACAGGAUAUCUGAUUGCACACACAACUUAAUUUGAUGCCAAAGAAGGACUCUGUAUUCAUUUGUUUCAUGGAAAAUCAAUGUGCUUGAUUUACUUACUACAGCAA